UGAGAGGAACGCUCUGUAAAUCGUUUCAUGUCUAGAUUUUUUGUAUUAUUAUUAACUCAUUUUCAUCACUCAUUUGUGUCACCCAGUCAGGACACAGUGGAGCUUGAAGAUACGCGCAAUUUGCUUUUAAUUCGAAUCUCGGUUUAACGUCUCCAAAAGUUCGUCUACAGAGGGAGGACGGCCUGGUGUUACGCAGAGUGAUUUAACAACGCAACAGCCGACUGCUGCCAUAUGUCAGGAUUUUUACGUAGUCGAGUAUGAGCCAGGAAAACUUUGAGGAGGACAACCCAUCAUCCUUCACUGACAGCACCUGCCGAAAACAACUUCGCCACCUCAGUACCAUCGCUUCAUCACAGGCAAGCCAGCCAAACAUGCCGAUGCCCAACAGUGCCUUUGUCCCCACCAUAAACGCAAUAGCCUCAAGCCAUGAACUCCAGUGGAUGGUGCAGCCGGCUGUACUAGGGUCGACGUCAGGAACCUGCGUCCCCGCGCACCCAUACGGCCGGCCGGUGACCCACCCCACGCCGAGUGGGCUAGCCCGCCCAGGCGUCAUACACUCCAUUGGAAACACCAGCUGGCAGAGGAAAAAAGCUCAUCAGCUGAACCCAGAGGAGGAGGAAAAGCAGAGGCUGAGGAGGGAGCGCAACAAGCUGGCGGCCGCCAAGUGCCGCAACCGCCGGAGGGAGCUGACAGACCUGCUGCAGGGGGAAACAGAACGUCUGGAACAGGAGCAGGCCAGCCUGCAGCAGCAGGUGGACUCCCUACGAGACGAGCGCGCCCGCCUGGAGCUGCUGCUCUCCACCCACUCCUCCGUCUGCAGCCUGCCCCACAAGGAGCCCCUCUGCCCGGCCAUGUACUCCGCAGACCUGCCCCUGAGCUCAGCGGCCCCCACCCACACCUCCUCCGUCGCCGAGGUCAAGCAGGAACCGCAGGAGGAGGGCAGGGAGGCGGAGAGGGAGGAGGCGGCAGCGCUGUACCCCUUGAAGCCGGAGCCUCGCCGGGGUGACCCCGAGGAGCAGUACGGGGCCCGCAGAGACAUGUUUGGGGGUGCAGGGUUCAGCUUUAGCUACAGGUUCGUCGAGUGCAAUUCCUCUGACGUAGACAGCUCACUGUCCUUCACGGACGAGUUUCUGAGCAACUCAUCGGAGAAGGGGCAGUCCAUUGACAGCAGCAGGGGUUCGCACUAUGGUGAUUUCAGAGUCCUAAACUCGCCCACUCCCUAACAAGGGAAUUUUGUGGUUUAGAGGAAUACACUGUUGUUUUAACUUAAGCCAUGGCGAUCUCUCUGUUGCCAGAUUGACACACAGGUAUACUAUACAUGCAUACUGUACAUUCACAUGAAUGUCAACAUACCUACAUAGUCUACAUUAGGGUGCAAGAAAUGCCCCAGACUUAAAAUCCCACUCUUCUUCUGCAGUCUUCCUGCCAAACUUUUUCAAGAAUACUGUUAGGACAAAGGAAUAAUAUUGCAGAAGAAGAGUGGGAUUUUGCAGUCUUGGGCAUUUGAUGCACUCUCGCAUACACAUACUGUACAUA